AAUGUACACGGUAUAAAAGAGAAAUUCAAGGACGGCCAAUCUAUCAUUCGCUAGCUGAUCUUUGCGUUGAACGAGACUAUAAGAAUUUUUUGAAAGAACAUAAAGGACACCGAUACAAGAUUUUGAAGUUACAUCUCUGCGACCUGUGCUUUAGCAUAUUUCAUAAACGGUGUUGAGUGAACAUGGAGCUAUUGUUGUUCCUGCUCCUGUCGCCAGCCAUAUUUGCUCAAACGUAUCGGGGGAACGCGGAUCCGAAUGAUGAACCCUUCAUGCCGAUAUACCCAGUGUAUCCAUACAAUCCAAAGUUGAUGAAACGUGGAAUUGAAAGGGAAUAUCCGCCUUACUUAAGACCGGAACUUUAUGUACCGGAUGCCGACGCAAGAGACUCUUACACAGCCAGUUUUAGUAAUAAUCAUCAAAGAGAUCCUUAUUAUCCGAGUUAUGAUCCUUAUCCAAAAAAUCCUUCGCCUGAAAUAUAUUCUUCUUUCUAUAAUCCAAGUUCCUAUCCUCCUUCACCUAGUCAAGGACCUUACAGCAUGUAUGGACCAUUUUCAACGCCUUUUCCAAUGAGUCCUUACAAUUCCCCACCGUAUUCGCCUAAUUCUUAUGGUAACUAUUAUCCUCAAACACCAUAUCCCUAUCCCAAUUAUUUCAAUUCCCCUCCACCGCCUGCUUACUCAAGACCAGAUAUGUCAGGUCCUCGUGAAACGGAAGGUUCGGAAUCAGAAUCUAGUAAAAAACAUGAAGAAGAAAAGAGUGAGGGAAAAAAUAAGAAAAUCGAGAACGAAGGAUCAUCAAAUACUAUUAAAAAUUCAUCCGAUAAUCAGACAGAAGUUUCUAACGCAAUUUCUUCAAGUUCCAAGGAGCAGGUCAAUAUUGCUAAUUUGGAUAGGAUACCAACCUUAUAUAAUCAAAUGGACAGCUUAUCGGAUUUACAUCUCAGAAGUCUACAAUUACCAAAGACAACGUAUCGUGUGAUCAGUGUGGCAGGACAACCAGUGAGUCCUGAUUAUCCUUUACCAAGUGCAUACGCGAAGGUUCAGCAAUUGGAGCAAGCUAUGGCAAAACUUUUGGCACAGAAUUUGGGACAUCUACCAAGUAGCCUAUUCGAAUCUAAUCAAAAUAAUAUACUGAAAUCAAAUGAGGCACAUUUCAUAAAUCAAAAUUCUCCUAUGAAAUCUCUGAAAGAUCCUUCAUACCUCGGACAAUUUAGUGGAAUCGGUAAAACCGGUCUGAUGUACACGGUACCACAAAACUCUCUAGGGAACAUUCAUGAUAACAAGCAAAAUCACUUUUUCAACCAAAAUUCUGUAAUGAAGAACACAGAUAAUGCACCAUAUUACAUAAAUUCAAACUCUUUAUGGAAAACGGGAAAUCCUGGUCUCAGCUCAAGCAGUCCUACGAUUCUUACCAAAAGCGAAGAAUACCGAAAUGGCCAGUAUCAUCAGAAACCGGUAACACGAGUAACAUUUGAGGAAUCCCAAAGCUUGUAUGUGCCACCUGCAAAACUAGCCAAAGGUCAAGCGACAACUCAGUCUACCGAAUAUGGCGGCUAUGAGUCUCCGCCGACUCACCUGACCCAGAAAUACGAGGGUCCGUUGAUCGCAGCUGGGAAUCAGAAACCCGAUCAGAACUAUGGUUACGAUCAAGGUCACUCAGCGGUAUCUUACCAAAAUCAAAAUUUGAUAACAGUUCGAACUCCAAAUUCUCACAGUUAUCAGUAUACUAAUUAUCAUCCAUUACCUUCGACGUCGCAACACACGCAGGAAUAUAAGACGAGUCUGGACGACGUGAAUUUUGGUACAAAGCAAAAUGGCAAGGGAUAAGUAUAUCAUGUAUAAAAAAAGUUUUUUAUAACAUAAGAAUAGAUGCUGGGGUACAAGCGUUUGAAUGAGUUCGUUUUCAGUCUACCGACUGUACCCGAUUAUAACCUCUUUAGUCUUCAUAGUAAUAUUUAACGCACAGUAUGCGCAGUAACGAGAACUUUUGUCAAAGUAAAAUUGAAAUCAUUACGUUGAAUGAUAUUGAAAAGACGUAACCAAAUGGUAUAAAAAUUUCACUUUUAAUAUGAUGUCAAGUGCAGGCAGUACUUACUGUAAGAUUAAUGACUAAUAUUUUAGUAUGCCUAUAUGGUUCGGAUAAAAGCAUGGAUUCUGAAGUUGUCGCAUUAUAACGAUUGAUCGUAGGUUUGAAACUUUUAAGACGCUAGGAGCUCAAAAAUGUAAUUCGAAUAAGAAUUGUAAAAGGUUAAGACUAAAAGAACUCUGUUUAAGUUUAUCUUCACACGUUUAUGUGUGCUUUGUACGUACAUUAUAGU